AUGACCAGAAUCAGGAAGUAUGGCCCCACCAGAGGAGCGAGUGGAGGCCUGAAAGACCACAUGGGCCAAGAACGGAGUUCCUCAGGAAUGUCCAAACCACAGAGUUGCUUUGGGUAUCCCCUGAGCAUCUUCUUCAUCGUGAUCAAUGAGUUCUGUGAAAGAUUUUCCUACUAUGGCAUGAGAGCGCUCCUGAUUUUGUACUUCACACAGUUCAUUGGUUGGGAUGACAAUCUAUCCACUGCAGUCUACCACUCGUUUGUUGCUCUGUGCUACCUGACACCAGUUCUCGGUGCUCUCAUUGCUGACUCCUGGCUCGGAAAGUUCAAGACAAUUGUGUCACUAUCCAUUGUCUACGCAAUUGGACAGGCAGUCACCUCGGUAAGCUCCAUUAAUGACCUCUCAGACUUCGACCACGAUGGAACCCCUAACAACAUUGCUGUACAUGUGGCAUUGUCCAUGACUGGCCUGGCACUGAUAGCUCUUGGUACUGGAGGAAUCAAGCCCUGUGUGUCUGCAUUUGGUGGAGAUCAGUUUGAAGAGGGCCAGGAAAAACAAAGAAACCGAUUUUUUUCCAUAUUUUAUUUGGCCAUUAAUGCUGGAAGUUUGCUUUCUACUAUCAUCACUCCCAUUCUCAGAGUUCAAGAAUGUGGAAUUCACAGUAAGCAAGCUUGUUACCCAUUGGCAUUUGGGGUUCCUGCUGCUCUCAUGGCUGUUGCUCUGAUUGUAUUUGUCCUUGGCAGUAGAAUGUACAAGAAGUUCCAGCCCCAGGGUAACAUCAUGGGGAAAGUAGUCAAAUGCAUUGGUUUUGCCAUCAAAAAUAAGUUUAGGCACCGGAGUAAGGAAUUUCCCAAAAGGGAGCACUGGCUAGACUGGGCCAAAGAGAAGUAUGAUGAGCGGCUUAUCUCUCAAACUAAGAUGGUUACAAGGGUGAUGUUCCUGUAUAUUCCACUCCCCAUGUUCUGGGCCUUGUUUGAUCAGCAGGGCUCAAGGUGGACACUUCAAGCAACAACUAUGAAUGGGAAAAUUGGAAGUAUUGAAAUUCAGCCAGAUCAGAUGCAGACUGUCAAUGCCAUCUUGAUCAUCAUCAUGGUCCCCAUCAUAGAUGCUGUGGUGUAUCCUCUGAUUGCAAAAUGUGGUUUCAACUUCACCUCCUUGAAGAAGAUGACAGUGGGAAUGUUCCUGGCUUCCAUGGCUUUUGUGGCAGCUGCAGUUGUGCAGGUGGAAAUUGAUAAAACUCUUCCAGUCUUCCCCAAAGGAAACGAAGUCCAAAUUAAAGUAUUGAAUAUAGGAAAUGAUAAUAUGACUAUAUAUUUUCCUGAAGAGACAGUGCACCUUGUCCAAAUGUCUCAGACUAAUAUAUUUAGGACUUUUGAUGUGGACAAACUGACAAGUAUAAAAAUUUCUUCUGCUGGAUCAGCAGUUACUCCAGUAACUCAUAACUUUGAGGUGGGCCAUCGUUAUACCCUUCUAGUGUGGAACCCCAACCAUUACCAAGUGGUAAAGGAUGGCCUUAACCAGAAGCCAGAAAAAGGACAAAAUGGAAUCAGAUUUGUAAAUGCUUUCGGUGAGAGCUUCAAUGCCACAGUGGAUGGGAAAGUAUAUGAACAUGUCACCAGCCACAAUGCCAGCAUAUAUCAGUUUUUUUCUUCUGGCAUAAAAAACAUCACACUAAGCUUCUCAGGGAUUCCAAGUAACUGCAGCAAUACUUUUACAACCAACCUUGGUUUUGGUAGUGCAUAUACCUAUGUAAUCAUCAAGAAGGGUGAUGGCUGCCCUGAACUGAAAGAAUUUGAAGAUAUUUCACCCAAUUCAGUUAGCAUGGCCCUGCAAAUCCCACAGUAUUUCCUCAUCACUUGUGGGGAGGUGGUUUUCUCUGUCACAGGAUUGGAGUUCUCAUAUUCUCAGGCUCCUUCCAACAUGAAGUCAGUUCUUCAAGCAGGAUGGCUGUUGACAGUGGCAGUUGGCAACAUCAUUGUGCUGAUUGUGGCAGGAGCAGGCCAGUUCAGUGAACAGUGGGCCGAGUACAUUCUGUUUGCUUCAUUGCUUCUGGUUGUCUGCAUAAUCUUUGCCAUCAUGACUCGAUUCUACACUUACAUCAAUCCAGCAGAGAUUGAAGCUCAGUUUGAUGAGGAUGAAAAGAAAAAGAAGCCAGAAAACCUAUAUAGCACAUUGGAUCCCAUCUCACAGACACAGAUGUGA